AGCAAACGAGUUUGGAGAUUCAAAAAUCGAAGUAAAAAUAUGGGCCAACCACCUCAACCCACCGGAUAUGAACACGACGACGCCUGGGACACCGACUGGCUACGAGUCGACGAAGUCCACGAACUAUACUACGAGCAAUAUGGCAAGAAGGAUGGACUCCCCGCUAUCUAUCUCCAUGGCGGCCCUGGCGGCCACAUCACAAAGAACAACGCCAAGUUUUUCAACCCAGAUGAUUAUCGCGUCGUUCUGUUAGAUCAAAGAGGUUGCGGGAACUCGAAGCCAAACGCAAACACAAUCAACAACACAACCUGGCACCUCGUCUCCGACAUUGAAGCUCUACGCAAACAUCUCCAGAUCCCGAAAUGGCAUGUCGUCUUCGGUGGCUCUUGGGGCUCCACUCUUGCGCUCGCGUAUGCGCAAACCCAUCCCUCAUCUGUGGGCUCUUUAGUGCUACGUGGUAUCUUCACGGUAAGGAGUCUGGAGACGAACUGGACGAUGUUGCCCGGCGGCGCAUCGAUGUUAUGGCCCGAUGCAUUUGACGAGUUCAUGAACUUCCUCCCAGAGGAGGAAAGAAGCGACCACGUGAACGCGUAUCACAAACGCCUCAUGUCUGAUGACGAGAGCGUGAGCCAUCCCGCUGCGCGCGCGUGGAACAAAUGGGAGAUCAGCAUCAGUACACUGUACCCCAACACAGCAGGCCUUGCACAGCUUGACGACGGUGCGUAUUUGCUCGCACAUGCGAGAAUCGAAGCACAUUAUUUCAUGAACAAGGCGUGGAUGGAAGACGGCGAUCUGUUGAAGAAAGAAAACAUCGACAAGAUCCGACACAUACCUGCUACUAUUGUGCAAGGCCGCUACGAUGUGGUAUGCCCCCCAAUCACUGCUUGGGAGCUCCAUAAGGCAUGGCCGGAAUCUCAACUGCACUGGAUUGACGACGCAGGGCACAGUGCAAUAGAGCCAAAGACAUACCAGAAGCUCAUCGAAACGUGCAGCAAAUACGCGGGUCUGCCGAAGUAAUCGUUGCCAGGCUGUCGUGUUCAUACGAGUAAGUUGGGAGUCAUUCACACCUCAAAACAUACAGUCGUUGUAAUUUCAUUUGGAGGAUUAAAUCUAUCUACGUUCAUUACAUUUGCACAGCCUAUCGUAUCCAAAAGACCACCUCUACACUCUAGGUCUCUCUAUCUGCAUUGCACACAUUCCACGAACUCAGAUCUUGUGUGCCAAAUACCGACUUAGUAACAACUUCAAUCGUGACUAGGGCACGGGCGCUGUAGUCGCCCAAGGCAAUGAGCAGCGGUAAAUGACACACAUGACGGGGAAACGGGAGCCUAGCGCAUAGAGUGUAUCUGUAGGGAGUAAGAAGUCGUACGUAUCGUAAUGCUGCCUGCUGCGGAGUAGCUGCGGAGUAGAGUCGUGCGGUUUUGCAUCGUCAAUAGAAACUUGUCAGCUCCC